UGGACACAAUGACAGCAGCUUCCGGUUUGUGCAAUUACAACUUUCACUUUAAACGUGCAAAAUGCCGAAAGAUAAUCUGAAGGAUAAACUGGAGGGAAAUGAGUUGGACUUAAGUCUCAACAAUUUAGAUACAGUUCCUGUUAAAGAACUGGCUGCCAUUCCAAAAGCAACACGGCUUGAUUUAUCCUGCAAUCAACUUGUAUCCCUACCAGACAAUUUUAGUUCUUUGACCCACCUAGUAAAGAUUGACCUCAGUAAAAACAAGUUAACAGAACUCCCUGACAACUUUGGAAACCUUCAGAACCUUCAGCACCUUGAUCUCCUAGGAAACCAGCUGACCAUUCUUCCAAUCAGUUUUUAUAAACUGACCAAACUCAAAUGGCUUGACUUGAAGGAUAACCCACUCCAGACUGACCUUAAGAAAAUUGCUGGAGACUGCUUAGAUGAAAACCAGUGCAAGAAGUGUGCAACUCAAGUUCUAAAGUACCUCAGGGAUUAUAAUUCAGAACUUGAGCGACUAAAACAAAAGAAGCUAAGAGAGGAAAGAGAGGCAAAGAAACGACAAAAAGAGAAGGAAGAGGAAGAAAGAGAAAGAGUGCGCCAAGAAAGAAAACAGAAGAAACUUGAAAACAAGAGGAGGAAGGAGGAAUCUACAGCAGAGGGGGAUAUGUCCUCAUCACCUGAUAAGAAACAUGGAGAGGGAAAGAAUGGAAACAUUGGAAACAAAACAGACAGACAGAAAAGCACAGAUUCGAAAUCUGGAAUCCCAUGGUUCACCAUCCUUGCCAUUUUCAUGCUUCUGGUAGCAGUUUUGAUUGGCGGGUUUUACGCAUCAUGUAAAGAUAACAAGAAUGAAGUCUGUGAACAUUACUGGAAACCCAUGGAGACCAAAGCCUUGGUUUUCUUUGGCAGUGUUAGAACCAACACACAGGAAAUUAUUGAAAAAUUUAAAGAAACAGCACUAAAAUAUUAUAGUAAAUAUAUUGGUAAUGACAAGAAAACAUCAGCAGAUACAAAACCUCCAAAAGACACUCCUCAGACUUGAUCUUUCCAGUUUUUUUUUGAUAAAAAUGUAUUUGGGAGGCAUUGGCUGAUUUUUUUCCUUUUUAAAUGAAUUUUUAUCCAUCUUUGAUCUUUUUUACUUCUCUAAAAACAUAGAUUAAAAACAAUAUACACUCCGGAUUUAUCGAUCCCGGCACAUAAAAACAUGGGUACAAAACUUUGCUGUAAGUAAGUUCAACAAUUUUCUUAAAAUUGUACAUUGAUUAAAUCUUCAUUCACUUUCACAGUCUGAAAAAAGCUUUUCAAGUUUCAUAAUACAGUGUAGUUGCUCAAAGAUGCAUGCCAUUUCCCUCCGAAAAUACUAAAUAAAUUGACUUAGAGGUAUUUGUUUAUGUAUUGUAUGAUGAGAAUUCAAUAGAAUAGAAAUAUUGUUGAACUACACAAAACUGAAAAUGAUUUCAUGAGGUAAAAUAAAUAAGAUAUUAUUGACUAAAAGUGACAAAAAGUGGGAACAAUUGUAAAGCAUACUUCUACUUAUUGUAAUGCCAUGCUGUCAUUGAAGAUGGUCUUGUUAUUUUACUUAUGAAUUGUUUUUAAGAUGGUUAGAAGUGCAUGCAUCUCACAUAAAGUUUAUAGCAAUCAGGCAUUCAUAAUGUACAUGUAUGAUUGUAUACAUGUUGUACAUGUAAGAAUAUUUCAGCAGAUGCAAUCUCUCUGAACUUAAGCUUUUUGUGAAAUAAGUAUGUUAUGCAUCAAGUCAUCAUAGACAAUACACUUGUACUAUAAUUUUGUCGAUUCAACAAAUUUUCACAAAUCAUUGUAUUAUAUUUUUAUACUUGGUGUAUAUGUUCUCAUUGGAAUAAUAUUUAAAUUUGGUUUUUCUUCAUGAAUGAAAAGACUUUUACAUUUCUGUUAUUUUACCAAGAGUAUGAUCGAGAGAUGUCUGAAAGGUAUGAAAAGAUUCAAUAAUGAAACAUAGUGUGCCCCUAAUGCAAUAUAGAAAUGGACUACCUGUAAUUUAUCAGAGGCCACAAAGCAUUAGGAAGUAAAUGAAAAACAACAGGGAACCCCUAGUCAUUUCUACUCCCCUGUUAUCUUUCAUAGAAGUCAU